AUGUCGCAGCCAGUGGCAGCGCAGUCGCAGAGACAGGCGGCAACGGUUGUCAGCGUCGAGGGCUCGCACUGGGCCGAGCUGGCACUUGGACGCAGAGCCACGCGGGCGCCGACGCUUUCAGAGAUGGAGCUGGUGGCGGCAGAGCCUGUCUGCAUGCGUGCUGUGGCCGCGAUUAGAGGCAGAGCAGAUUCAUUCAUUCUUCAUUCUGGGGGCAGCAGAGGUCCGGACAUGCUGUCCGCGCGGAGCCAGACAAGGCAGCCAGAAGAGUCUGCUCGGCGGGCCAGCGGCGUGUUGAGCGUCGCAACGCAACCGUCAAAGAGCGGUAGCGGUCGCGGUAGCGGUAGCAGCAGGCCGUGUGGGAGGCUUGUGCGCCAGCAAGUCGGCCCAGGUGCGUCGCGCUUGCCAUCCAUGUUCGCGGAAACACCCCUGUCGCAGCCAGAUGCUAAGUACAGUCUGCCUUUAUACAACCCAGCUCCACUCCCACCUCGGUCUACUGCUGGCUACUUCACUGCAACACUCGCAAACACGGCGCCCUUGACCACCACCGCCCCUACCACAUCCUCUGUCUCCAUGUAUCCGACGCCGCUGUAG